ACGAGUCCGCGCGUCACUCGAGCAGCAGCAGCAGAGCGCGUGGGCUGCUGCACCCGCAGAUUUCUCGUAAUCAACCGCGUGAGGGUUCUUACCUUCAGCCGGGGGAGAGAGAGAGAGAGAGAGAGAGAGAGAGAGAGAGAGAGAGAGGGGCAGACAGAAAGAGAAAGAGAGAGAGAGGCAGACAGAAAGAGAAAGAGAGAGAGAAAAGUUAGGAAGCUCCUGUCUGUCACUGAAUCUGGACUAAACCCAGCUGAGGAGACGAAGUGUCUGUCUGUCUGAGGAGGAAGAGAGGACUGGAGUGAAUUACUCCACAGUGAACCUCCUUCACCAUCUUUACCUGCUUCAGCCGCUGUUUCUCUGAGUUUAGUAGCUGCAGUGUUGUUGUUGAGGAGGAGUAUCUACAGGGGGGUCUGUUGUCCUGAGCGCCUGGGAGACGCGGCUGGUCGGUAACCGGUCUAAUGCUGCUGCUGCUGCUGCUGCUGGAGAUGGAAUUUCCUCAGACAGUGUUUCUGCUGAUUCAACAAAGAUACACAAGGCAGUUUUAACACACUGGUCUACACAGCCUUUGCCCUGUCCCUGCUGCUGGGAUCAGGGGGAAGGACAACCUAAAAAUGCUCCAUAACAACACCUGUGAGAAUAUCACUCAAAUCUCUGUAGACAAGAACCCAAUGAACCUGGUGGUGAGUGCCAUUAUGUUUCUGAGUGCGGUGGUGGGCAAUCUAAUGGCUCUGGCCAUCCUUGUUGUUCGGCAAAAAGAACGCAGAGCGAAAUCCUCUGUCUUCUGCAUCCUGGUGACGGGACUGGCUCUGACGGACCUGGCAGGUACGUGCUUGCUCAGCCCGCCGGUAUUCGUCUGCUACGCCCACAACACCUCUCUGGUGGGUCUGACGGGAGGAGACACGUGGCUGUGUGGACUUUUUGCCUUCGCCAUGACCUUCUUCGGCCUGGCCUCUAUGUUGAUACUGUGCACCAUGGCUGUGGAGCGAUGCCUGGCCAUCAGCCACCCGUACUUCUACUCUAAGCACGUGCGCCGCAGCUUCGCCAAGGCCGUGCUCGUCCUCAUAUACCUCUUCACCUGCGCCUUCUGCCUGCUGCCCUUCUUCGGCUUUGGACGGCACAAGCAGUACUGCCCCGGCACGUGGUGCUUCAUCAAGAUGGAAGCAGAGGGUGAGAGCAGGGAAGAGGAGCUCCGGACGCUGUCCUUCUCGCUGUCGUACGCCUUGCUCAUGGCUUUGCUCAUCGCCAUUGUCUUCAUGUGCAACGGCUCCGUCAUCGUCAGCCUGUGCCGCAUGCAUCGCAGCCACAUGACACGCCGAGGUUCGGUGAUCUCUGCUGGACGGAAGAGAAGGCUGAGCACCUGGUUCGGUCAGGGUGAGGAGGAGAUGGAUCAUCUGGUGUUGCUGGCCUGCAUGACCGUCAUCUUCGUUAUCUGCUCUCUGCCGCUCACUAUAUUUGGCUUUGUCAAUGCGAUCAGUCCAGUGGGAAACGACCAGCAGAAUCUCCUGGCCUUUCGAUUCUCCGCUUUCAACCCUGUAGUGGAUCCUUGGAUCUUUAUCAUCUUCCGCAAGUCCGUCUUCCAUAACGUUCGUGCAUUCUUCCGCUGCCGCUUCGGGAAGGCGGCGGUAAAGGCCACGCCCCACAGCGCCCUGUCAUUUCCCCUGCAGAGCGGAGUUCCUAUAGACCCCUCAGCUCUUCAGAGCAAGAUAUACUGCAGCUUUCCCCAGUAAGGACCGCUGAUGUGGAGUAGAAACUAUCCUUUAUUCGGGGAAUACUAUUCUGAUGCACUAAGGAAGCACGAAAAGCUGAGGAACAUUGAAGUCCAGGAGCUACAGGGUGUGAAAGGGAUACACAGGGCUGUACAGUACCACAGACUAUAUACUGUACAAAGGAACGAAUGUAAAUGAGUGUACAUAUUAUAAUAAGUUUUGUCAAAAUGUGUGAAUAUUUGUACACACCUUAGCAUGUAAAUCAUGCUGACGGCACUGACGACAAAGUGAAGCAUAGAAUUCGUCUGAUUCCAAUGUGCUUUUCCACAUCAUUUCUACAUAAAUAUACAGCUCUGGAUAAAAUGAAGAGACCACUUCAGUUUCUGAAUCAGUUUAUCUGAUUUUGCUAUUUAUAGGUUUAUGUUUGAGUAAAAUGAACAUUGUUGUUUUAUUCUAUAAACUAUGGACAACAUUUCACCCAAAUUCCAAAUAAAAAUAUUGUCAUUUUAGAGCAUUUAUUUGCAGAAAAUGAGAGAUGGCUAAAAUAACAAAAAAUAUGCAGAUUUAAAGAGUUCAGAAAUCAAUAUUUGGUGGAAUAACCCUGGUUUUCACUCACAGUUUUCAUGCAUCUUGGCAUGUUCUCCUCCACCAGUCUUACACACUGCUUUUGAAUAACUUUAUGCCACUCCUGGUUAAAAAAUUCAAGCGGUUCAGCUUGGUUUGAGGACUUGUGAUCACUCAUCUUCCUCUUGAUUAUAUUCCAGAGGUUUUCAAUUUGGUAAAAUCAAAGAAAUUUUAAGUGGUCUAAUUUUUUUCCAGAGUUGUAUAUUAAUAAAUAUUUUACAUCAACACAACAACCAAAACUGUGUAAGGACUAAAGAAUUAAUAUUUGAUUCAUGAGGCAGUUACGAGUCAAAUUUAGCCAGAUAUAUUAAUCUUGUUUGCAGUGUGAGCACUGAACAUUACGUCAAAGCUUUAAAACAGAACUAUUAGUGUUUACACUGUAAAAUAAACUAUGGUCUGUUGUCCACAGCUCACAUAUUGUAGGACUGUUUCAACAGCAUGUGGAAAGCAGGUGAUGUAUAGUCAGUACCUGACAGAAUGCACUCUAAAGAUCAAGAUCAAAGACUGAUCGCCAUUGUUAAUAGUUAUACUAUAUUGUACAGUAUAUUUAAUAUUAUAAUUAAUCAAGAAAUGUCCAUUUACAAUAUUACUAGACCUUUAAUACAAGGAAAAUGGAAACAAAAGAUGCUAAUCCUGCAGGUCACAUUAAGUGAAAUUAUUAUUUAAACUUAAUAGGUUUUCACAUUCUCUUUUAGAGCAGUGACGCACUACUCAGCCCGCUCUUGCCAAACACAAGGACUGAUGACGACUUUGUUAUUUUUUAAUAAAUUGUGUUCAAGUGGUUCUGUACACUUCUCCACCUUCACUGCAAAGGCAAGUCCUAUUGCCAUCUCUUUGAUCUCGUUUACACCUGGUCACUUCAUGUGAUUAGGAAAUGGAUUAUUAUCAUUAUAGCCACAUACAUUUACAUCAAAUAUGAUGUUUUUUGUUGUUGGUGAAGAAAGCAAACACCUAGACUGGGAAUUCAUUUAUUUACUGUAACAGUAGAUCAAACUAACAUUCUACAAAGCAAUUAAUAUGAAUUAUACCACAAUUAGUUCUGACCCUGCAAUGUGAUUGGCUGAGAGGCAUUCUAUGAGUGCCAUUAUAAGCCGGUAAUGCACUGUAACUGAAGCUCUACAUGUAUUACUCCACCACAUACAGGUAGCCUAGCAAUGGUGCAGCGCUUACAAGCCAAACAGCGCAGCUACAAACAGAGCAGCAAUGGAACUCACGGAGAGUUUAUAACCGAACAGAUCAUAUUUUCUUGUCCUCUUUAUCUCAAAAUCUUUCAGUAAACAGUGAUAAUGGAACUGUGGUAUAAUCGUAAUAAUACACUCGAGGUUUGUGCUAUAUUGUGUAAUAUAACACUUUAUAGUACUCCCUCUCAGGUUUUAAUGCAUAUAAGUAUAGAGAGAUGCAGCCCAUGGAGACGUAGCUGAUGAAGACAUAGUAAAAACAGUACAUUUCUGUAGUCCGCUCACUAUAGCCAAAUAUACACAAUGUAACAUGAACCUCAGUGCAGACCCUGGUCCGGAUUUCCGAUGUGAAAACACCUUUAAACAUGUCUAAGAUCAGCUUCUGAAGUGGUUUGAGUGAUAAGGUUUGUAUCUGAUACUCAAGACGCAUGAAGUGAUGAGGUGUAAAUAGAGUCUUUAUCAUGCUGUAUCAGUCCAUUUCCAGAAUUUACGUAUCUGUAUCUGAUGAACUUAGUCAUUUUUAGACUACCAGUAAUGCUUGGAUUCCGUGACCAUCACACAUGCAUUUAUUAAGUAGUAUUUUACUGGGAUGCACAUGAUGAUAUUUAUUGUUAUUAAAAGUCCUUUCAGCAUGACUGAUAAACAGCUCCUUCAUUAAGUUCAGAAGAUUCUACCUACCAUUCUCCCUAUUACAGUCAGUGUAUAGCCUCCCUAUUACAUGUUUCAUCAAAAUGAUUUUGAAGGUACAAUUGCUACAUACAGUUAUACUGAUUUAUACUGAACUAAAUUUGCACUUUUUCUGGCUGUGAUGUAGACUUCAAUGUAUUUCCCAAUAAUAAUAUUAAUAAUAAUAAUAUUAAUAAAGGCUUUAGAGCUUUUCCAAUUGUAUGAGGUCUCAAGAAUGUAAAAAGCUGGCUUAACUUUACUCACAUUUCAGAUUUCUGACUUUUAAGGGUCACAUUUAACCCUUUCCAAUGAUAUUACUGGUAAAUAACUGAUCAGCCAUUACAUUAGCACUUUUAAUAGGUUAACCAUUAAUAAUUUAAAAACAAUUAUUAAAAAUACUUGUCUCAUAAUUUAAGAGGCUUUUAUUGUCAAACAUCAGGCAGGUCUUAUUAUUUUUUUUUUUUAUGCAGCUGGUUUGCCAGUACCUACUAUAAGAGGUUCAAGAAAAGACAACUAGAUUAUAAGUAACUGGGUUAUGGGCACCCAAGGCUCAUUGAUGCGAUGCAUGAAGGCCUGACCUUACACUUAACUUUUUAUAGGACUUUUUAUAGGAUCAUCUGCUAAUGUCUUGGUAUCGGAUACCACACCAGAACACCACAGCAUAAUUAGAUGUGUUGUGGCAGCAACAACCCUGAAAAAAAAAAAUCCAGCACAAGACCAUCUGGUCAACCAGGAAGAAUACUCUACGCUAGUCAAGAGCUAGUUAACAAGCUAGCCUACUAGGGCCGCAACUAAUGAUUAUUUUGGUAGUUGACUAAUCUGAUGAUUAUUUUUCCGAUUAGUCGAUUAGUCAACGAUUAUUUCUGCCAUGACCUCCAUCUCUAAAAACAAUAGGAAAACAGCUAAACAUGAGAUUUAAAAGUCAAGAUGUUGUUUAAACGUGGAAAACAAAUAUGUAAUCUGUUGUGUUUGGGCACUUUUGGAGACAGACUAAGUUGAGUGUAAACUGUGUGAGUGAGACACUUACUUAUCUCCCAUUGCGCUUCUGUCUCCAGCACUUUGUUUAAUGCGGUACUGUUACAAAUGAACGAUUAGUUGGCAAUCAAAUUUGUAGUCGACAAUUUUAAAGAAUUGGCAUUGUCGAUUAUAUCGACUUAUCGUUGCAGCCCUAUAGCCUACCAGCAUAGUUUUUUUUUUUUUCUGGAUGACCAGCCGGUCUUGAGCUGGGUUUUUUUUUAGCAGGGAAGGAGUCCAUUUGGUACUAAUGUUUUGGCUGAUUGAUGUAUCUGGUUAAAAGAUAAAAGUUAAUACAGUAUUGACCAGGGUCUGAAUAUAUUUGAAGCUUUACAAGAGGGCAGCCAUCCAUCAGCCCUCAGAAGCCAAGAUGUAUAAUAACACCUCACUUUAAUAAAGGGACUGAAUCGAUCUGCAUCUUAGUUUCACACUCUGUACAACAAUCGUGUCAUUUCAAACUUUUAAAAAAUGCUGCUAUUGAACUACAGUGUUUUUUUUUUCUGUUGUAUGUGAUUUUGAUUAGCAUUUCUUCCGUGGAAAUACAUGGUUAAAGCAUAAAAAUUCUUUAAAAAAAAGUCUGGCAACCCAGACAAACAAGCGUGCACUUUCCGUUACCCUAUCAGUUGGUCCGUGUGGUUCAAUGUUUGUAUGUAUAAUGUGACAAAGAAGAAAGACGAUAUUGUGCAACAUGUGGUAUCAAUCCUGUUUAUUGUUCAGCAGCUCUUCCCAAUCAUUUCUGUGGUGUUUCUAAAGAAACGUCAGCCAUGGUUCUAACCUUUGCUUUUCAGCUCAUGGGAUAUUUCCAAUUCAGAUUCCAGCUAUACCAAAAAAAAAAAAAAAACAAGCCCACAGUAAACUUUCCACAUGGCUGCUUUCUAAACUGUCCUGCAAGCGUGUAAAACAAAUGUCUAAUUGGAUUCACAGAUAGCAGGACCUUAACCGUCCAUAUAUGGUCGGUCGUAUUGGAAUGUGCUCGCUAUCACUGUGGACGGAUGCUUGUGUAUAUACUGUUCUUGAAGAAGCGGUAGGCACUGAUAUCGACAGCGGAGAGAGUUUACAGACGGCCACCAUUCCUUUUUUUAAAACAAACAGAAAGGUUAGUGCGCUUUACAGUGAAGUCUACAUGUGUAAUACUUAAAUGUACAGUACAGUGUUACACAACACAUAACAAUCAAUCCUUCACUAACAUUUAUGCCAAAUAUUGGACUCAGUAUCUACAACAUCUCUUGUUUGAUUGUGACUCACUCUGUCUUCCCCACUGUAGAUGUAAAUGUAUCUGCUAGAAGAAGAAUAUAUAAGAACGAGAUGAGUUGGUGAGAGAAAUGUUCGCUGGGGUUCGAUGUGGUAACUCUGUGUUUGUGUGCCUGUAUGUGUGAACAUGGUUUAAGUGUGGUUUGGGUGCAGUGGCGUAUAAAGCUGUUCUCAUGCUGAUCUGCACUUGGCUUGGUUCGUGUAUAUAUUGGAGUUUUUCAUGCAGUGUUGAAAGAGAGAGAGAGAGAGAGAGAGAUUCUGUUUGCCUGUUUACAGAGAGCUGUAUAGAUAUCUAAAUAAACGUUCUUAAAAACA